AGACGUAAAUGAGAAUGUGUCGUGCAUUACUUACAUUGCACAGUAAAUUUCCCGCAAUCAUUCACACAGCAGAAUAUUCCAAAGUCCGAAAAACUGCUAUUCUUCACAAAAAAUUUUUUUGCUGCCUUGCUUCCGCUUGACUUUGUGAUCUAUGAUAGCUUUUUUCUGCUUAUUUCACUGUUUUCUUACCACAACUAAUUUUCAUACUGUUAAAAAAUGUAUGACAAAAAUUAAAAAGAUAAAAUAAUGUCGCUCAUAGAUGACGUCACGACACGAACUCUUUCUGUCGUACAUUAUUGAGGUCACAAUAGCGUCGCCAUUUUCGCUGCUCUUUGUGCGCCUCGGUCUGCUAAGUCUCUCUUGCUUUUAGCACGGUUUUCGUCGACUUUUUAAUUCACAUUUGUUGACAAAACAUGCAAGGCUACAGAGGCCCCCAACAGAACCACGGCCCCAACCGUCCGGGGAACCACCUCAAAGGCGACGGGCCCAACAGCAACGGACAGCAGCCGGAGCCUAGCGAGCAGACCAGCCCCAACGCGGGCUUGACGCUGGACCCGCAGAGCUUCAGGAAGCCCGGAGAGAAAACCUUCACCCAGCGGAGCAGGCUGUUCGUGGGGAACCUGCCCACCGGAGUCACCGAGGAGGAGCUAGUGAAACUGUUCGCGAAGUACGGGAACGCCAGCGAGAUCUUCGUCAACAAGGACAGGGGUUUCGGGUUCAUCCGCCUGGAGACCAGGAUCAUCGCGGAGAUCGCCAGAGCGGAGUUGGAUGAUUUCGUGUUCAAAGGUAGACCCAUCCGGGUGAGGUUCGCCACACACGGCGCCGCUCUGUCCGUGAAAAACCUGCCGGAGUUUGUGUCCAACGAGCUCCUGGAGGAGGCCUUCUCCGUCUUCGGCCAGAUAGAGAGGGCUCUGGUGAUCGUGGAUGACCGGGGCAGGCCCACGGGGAAAGGCAUCGUGGAGUUCACCGCGAAGCCAGCCGCUAGGAAAGCUCUAGAUAAGUGCAACGACAGCGCCUACCUCCUCACAGCAUUCCCCCGGCCCGUCACCGUGGAGCCCAUGGAGCAGUUCGACGAGGACGAGGGUCUGCCGGAGAAGCUGAUCAACAGGAACCAGCAGUACCACAAGGAGCGCGAACAGCCCCCGCGGUUCGCCCAGCCCGGCUCGUUCGAGUACGAGUACGCCAUGCGCUGGAAGGCCCUGAUGGAGAUGGAGAAGCAGCAGUACGACAUGGUCGACCGCAACAUGAAGGAGGCGCAGGAGAAGCUGGAGGCCGAGAUGGAGGCGGCCAGACACGAGCACCAGGUGAUGCUGAUGAGGCAGGACCUGCUGAGGAGACAGGAGGAGCUGCGGAGGAUGGAGGAACUCCACAACCAGGAGGUGCAGAAGAGGAAGCAGGCCGAGCUGAGGCAGGAGGAGGAGCGCCGGAGGAGAGAAGAGGAGUUGAGGCUGCGCAACGAGGAGAUGAUGAAGAGGCAGCAGGAGGGCUUCAGGGGCGGCUUCCCCGAGAACAGAGAGCAGGAGAUGAGGAUGCACAUGGGGGGCCACGGCAUGGCCAUGAACAGAAAUUCCCUGGGUGGGAACUCAGGUGCCGCCGGCGCUGCUGGCAUGGCCGCCGAGAGCGCUCCUUUGAUGGCGGGCUCAGGUAGCGGCAAUCUGCCCGGAGGGGGCCAGGGCGGCUUCCCCAGAGGGCUCCCCGGCCCCGGAGACUAUAGCAAGCAGCGCAGAUUUUGAAUCACAUGUCUGUAAUUUUUCUCCACCUCUCCUCAUUUUUCAGCUCACUGUAUGUUAAAGUUUAAGGUAGUGGAUGUUACCCUUGAACUUUUUUAAAAAAAAAACAACAUUUUUUUUGUACUUUUUCUGGUGUUUUUUGAGUCGUUUCAGUACUAAUGCGUUUUGUCCAAAUGAGCCAUGCAUUUUAUUUUAUUUCUGAUUUUUUUUCUUUUGUAGGGUAGAUAAUGUUUUUGGUCCUGAAUAUGUUACAUUUUCUGUAAUAAAUUCACAAUUCCUUAAAAAGAAAAAGAAAGUGUUUCAUUCAGGAUAGAAAAGCUUCACAGCACAAUGGUGGCUGAUAUUUUUCUGCACACACCAACAACCUCACUUUUAAUGACUACACUUGUUAGGAUCCUCCUGUCUGCUACAGAUUUACAAUCAUUUCUGUGGUCUGACUGGCUGGUCCUCAAACAGACACCAGCUCUUAAACAGGUUUUCUUACAGUUGCAGCUAAUACUUUAAAAUUGUUAGUCAAAAUGUCCCCAUGUGAAUCAGCGUAUUGGACACUACAAAACAUCAAAAGCAGACGGCUUCUUUUCCUAUUUCUAUUUUGUAAAAAGGGCACAAAAACUUAGAGAUGCUGCUGAUUCUUGACUGGAGAUUGUCAAAAUCGCAGAUGUCACACACGAGAAAAAAGAAAAAAAUACUGCUAAUUAUAUUAUGCCACAUAGUUUUGAAUCAAAGGGAAAUUUUAAUUUGAAUAAACUGAUCAUCCACAUUUAUGCAUUAAAGAAGAAUGUCCUUGCAGUUUAUCUGAUUUGUUAUUAAAUGCAGGAAUGUGCACAAAAGCUGUUUGGCUGAUGAGUUUAUUCACAAAAGCUGUUAAGAUUACUGGAUGCAACUAAUCAACAGGGGAAAGAAAAUAGAUUUUGUACAUUUUUGACCUGCCCAUGAAGUAAAAGUUGGCUGUCAGUAAGAGACUCUUGUAGUGAAAUUUAAUGGUGCCCUGGGUUUAAUGACAAUGUUGCAAAAACUAAUUUGAAAAAAUUGUCCAAUUUCUUCUAGUUUACCAGAAAAGCAACAAUUGUCCAAAACGCUGUUAAAAUAUUUUUCUUGAUGUUUACACUUAUGGAUGACACGUUAUUUGACGGGGUGUGUAUAAGACUGACAUAACAUCUGUCAUAAACAUGAAGGAGUCUUUAUGAAUGUCUAUGACUGUUGUAAUGAAGUGUCAUUCGGUAAAUAAUGACACUUUUAAUGCCAAGUUGCAUUAAAAGGCCAUUGAAGUGCCAACUUUGCAUUGUUUUACUAAAGUGCAAUUAUUUACAAAACAAUGCAAAGUUGGCACUUUCAAUGGCCUUUUAAUCCAACUUUGCAUUAAAAGUGUCAUUAUUUACUGAAUGACACUUCAUUACAACAGUCAUAGACAUUCAUAAAGACUCCUUUAUGUUUAUGACAGAUGUCAUGUCAGUCUUAUAUGUCAAUUUUGAUACAUAAACGUAAGACAAAAUGUGGAUAAAAUAACUAAUUUUAGCAGCAAAUUUAAGGUAAAAAAAAAAAAAAAAAAAGCUCAUUGGACAGAAUCGUAUGCUUUGAAGAUUGUACCUGUAAGUUUCCUAUGAAAGUAUUGGAGGCUUCUUUCAGCCAGCUGAUGAACAGAAAAGAAGGGGAAGGGACUGGGAUACAUUAUUAUUUGCCUUAAAAUGAAAGAAUCACAUAAUAAAAAAAAAUGCUCUUGCUCUUUUGAAGCAUAACUUUUUAAAACCUUAGCUUACCCUGACACUGUUAGCGGGCCCAUGCCUAAUGUCACUCUAGGUCGUCACGAGUUACAGCGCAAGUUCAAGUUGUUGGCAGAAAUAAAAGCCCAAAACGUCUCAUGUAAAAAAGAUAAGCAGAAACUAUGUACAUACAGUGUGGUUUUAAUUGGAGCUAAACAAUAUAGCAAAUCACUGUUUGCGUAAAUCUAAAGGACAGCUUGGAAGCAACAUUUUGGAGGAUCUUUUCUGUUCUCCGUUUGAUAUAAAGUGUAAUAAACAUCAGAGUACGGUCAUGCUUCACUUGUUGAGCAGUCAGCUGGAUUCCCUCUCUGGAUGCUCACUCCUGGCAUUUAAUGAUCAAGAUGAUGAAGACAAGUGAGUGAAGGGAAAUGUAGCUUCUUCACAGUUCGCACCGUCGUCACAAUAUCCAACACUGACAUCAUAUGUUCAGGUUUUUCUAACAUCGCAUUCUUACGCAGGUUUUCAUUACAGACUCUUGUUCUUAUUUUUUGUUUUCGUGUUUUAACCUGUGUGCGUUUGCAUGACUCAUUUUUGUCUGUCACUUUUAUAUUGUUUAAAUCUCAUUAAGCAAAUAAAUUUUCAUUCUCAAGAAAAACCUGUUCCAACCUUUGCUGCUAGUGCGCCUGAGUUUCCCGCAAUAAAGGAUAUUUCUAUUUUCUA